AUGAGUUAUCAAAGACAUGAAACCCAUGAAGAAUACGACGAAACGAAUGAGGAAUACGAGGACAACGAACACUCACCAGAAGAAGCCGAAGAACCUGAGGAUCCCAAUGAAGAUGCCAUACGUUUAGGUAUAUCUCAGACACCAUUUGAAGAGUUGCUUAAAUUGAGUGACAAAUUGGGGACAAAACGAUAUAACGAGACAAUUGUCAGCAAAUUAAGCAAAAAUGUGGUCCAAAACAAGAGGGGAAGGGAUGGGAACCAAUUCAAGAGAGCCAACAAGAAUAGGCCACAAGAGAUAUCAUCGAAAAAAGCGGUCCAACAGUUGCGAGAAGUGUUUCAGACGAAGAAGAAGACAGAGAUCGAGAGAAGAGAUCCGCGUUUCGAAGAAGGAAGCGGUCGUUACUCCGAGAGUGUGUUCAAUAAGACCUAUGAUUUUCUCAAUGAUAUCAGAAAUAAAGAGAUGAAGGAAUUGAAGAAAAUGUUGAAAAAGACUAAAAGCGAUGACAAGAGACAGGAAUUGCAGUAUUUGUUGCAACGGAUGACUAAUCAAAGAACUUCUGAACAAAUGAAGCAAAAGAGGAAACAAUUGGAGACUAAUGUGAGAAACAAAUUGAGUGAAGAGAUGGGAAGUACUGACAAGAAGAGCAAGACUUUCGUCAAUAAAUCAACGCUUAAACGGUUCUUCGGCUUCUUCUGGUGA